AUGACCUACACCAAUUUCACUCGUUAUCUAGCGGAGAGGGCUGCACAGAGCACAAAACACAAGCUGUCGACUUUUUCGCCAUAUGGGUACACACCUGAGAAAUCAGCAGGCAUAGCCUAUAUCGUCGUCUUUGCAAUCUUAGGUUUGAUUCAUAUCGGACUUGGAGUGAGAUACAAGUACUGGUUGGUCUUCGUCACCUUGAUACCAGGUACCAUUUUGGAAGUGAUAGGAUGGUCGGGAAGGUUGUGGUCGGCGUAUAGUGUAUUUAAGGUGACUCCAUUCUUGAUGCAGAUUGCUUCCCUGAUUAUCGGGCCAGCAUUUUACUCAGCUUGGGCAUAUACAAUAUUAGGAUAUUGCAUCAAUCAACUUGGACCAGCAUACUCCCUUCUUAGACCAAAUACAUACCUUGCGGUUUUCGUAACAGCAGAUGUCAUUUCAUUAGUCAUUCAAGCCGUUGGUGGAGGAAAAGCCGCUGUAGCAGCACAAUUGGGUACUAGCACUAAAUCAUCGACGAAAAUUAUGCUUGCUGGUAUUCUGUUUCAGUUAGUCACAAUGGCAGUUUUUGUUGCUCUCGCAUCGGAUUUCAUAUUCAGAGUCAUCUUUAGGAAGCCAUAUGCUCAUCUGGUAUCCAAAUAUCCCAACCAAUCCAACGAUCCGACUUCCAACGAAGAAGAAGGUAAUGCACAAGUUUCAGCUGUUCCUGGUGAAAAGCAAGUUGCUACCAACGAAGGAGGUGCCGUCCGUACUGCUCAAAUCAAGAAGGGUGAGAGAUUACUUGCCGGAGUCGCUUUCGCUUCUGCGAUGAUCUUUGUGAGAGGUAUCUACAGGUCCAUAGAACUCGCUCAAGGAUGGUCUGGAUAUCUGAUCACUCACGAAGCCUACUUCAACUACUUGGAUGGACUGCCUAUGGUAUUGUGUCUGGCAGCUUUUGCGAUCGCCCAUCCAGGCUGGUUGUUACCAAAGAGAAGCGGUUGGAUCAGGGCGUAG